AUGAGGACUGCUGUCAUAUGGGGCCUGCUGGCUCUACCGUGUCACCACACACUGGUUAGCAGCCACAUACUUGGAAGGGCUACUUCAACCAAUGACCUUGCUCAGCUCAAGUCGAACCAGAGACGAACAAGCUUUGAGGACAAGCUGGCCGAAGCAGCCCAGGAGGAGGAUUCUGAAGCUGAUUAUGAAGAGACAAACCAAGAGUCUGAGCACAGCCAGGUUGGUCGAGGAUGGAGCCAGGAGGAGGAACAAGAAUAUCUGUCAGAAGAACCACCAGCAGAAGGCCACACCAAGCCCACAAGUCAGGGGAGCCAUCUGCAGGACCUUCUGAUGAACACGAGGAAACGGGCCUCAAGUUGUUUUGGAGUCCGAAUGGACCGAAUUCGGAACGCCAGUGGUCUGGGAUGCAAUGGUGGAAAAGGUAAAACUGCAGCUGAUGAUGGCUGA